GGAGAUGCUGAGGGGUGUGGUUACAUGGAGGGCAGUGGGGAGGGUUGGGAUGACGGCGAAAUAGACAGGAAGGUCGGAAGAACCGAGAAUUUUGCUGGCAUUUACCAUCCCGUGUAUAUCUUGUGGAGAAUUAAUUUGAGACCCUGUCUCUUGCAGAGUAAAGGCAGUACACUGAGGCAAGAUGUGAGCAAUAUGUGGAUCAAACUUGACUGGGAACUCAGAAAACCUUACCAAAUAUUUGUUUCUACAUAUUGCAAAAUUUGUACAGCAUCUUUGUACUAAAUACACACCCACAAUGCACUCUUCAAGGCCCUCCAUUCCCCCACGAACACGUCGAUUUGACAGUGGCAGACGUACAGAAGCAAAACCACCCAACCAUGCAGCCAGGAGGGAGGACAAAAAUGUAAGCAGCAUUUCUUCAUCCCCUCGUCGUACCACACGAGCACCACCUGAGCCUUCCAGGUUAAAGGGCAUAGGUCUGAGUGCUCGAACCACAGUGACUCAGAACAGAACGGUCCGACAUCAGAAAACCUCUACCCCCGCAGUACCAGGCAAGUCUAAGGGUGGAGCUAAGGGUGGACAUGUGGCGUCAAACCAGGGCCCUGCUAUUGUAGAUCCAAACUGUAAUGAACCAAGCCUGCCUUGCCUGUGUUGUGAUGGCCACUCACCUCAGGACAGCAACAGCUUAUUCAAUCACAACCAUAACAACAAUAACACUGUGACCAUCAGGCAGCAGCUCAAGCUUGUCCCAUCACCUCAGGAGAAAAAGGAGUCUGAAAAACCAGACAUUGGAAAAGCCACAUGUAAGCCAGAGGAGGAGCAGCCUGUAGCUAGUCCUGUAGCUAAACACAUGGAGGACAAAAAGGAAGAGGAAAAUGGAAAUGUGGAUGAAAUAGAUGGAGCUGUUCCCAAGGAUGAUGACAUUGUGGCUAAUGUGAUUGCAAAAGUAGAUGAGAAUGGAAAUGGUAAUAAUCAAGAUGCUAAUGUUGAUAAUGAUGAUGUCAAUGAUGAUGAUGAUGAUGAUGAUGAUAAUGAGGAUGACGAAGAAGAUGAUGACAACACACUUGUACCUUCUUCCUGCGAUUGCCCAGCAUCAAUGUUGGACUUCUCUCUCACGUCUUCUACCUCAUCUUCAUCCACCUCCAUCAGCAGCUGCUCAGAUUUGGAUUCUGAUUGCCCUGAUACAUUUUCAGUGUCUCUGCAAGAAGAAGAAGAAGAAGAUGAAGCAACUGAACAUUAUUCUUCACCUCAUCCCCCAGCAUCCCACUCCACUGUUUUUCCAUACUGCUCCAUACCACUCAGCACUUCAGUGAGAUCACCAUCUCCAUGCUCCCCUGAUGAGGGAUAUCCUUCGGCUCCCCCGUCCCCUUCAUCAGGAUGUAUAGAAGGCAAGGUACCUAAGAAAGAAAAAGGUAUUAAAGUAGAUCUUUUGAACUUUUUGGACUCUAUUGAUGAAUUAGGCAAAGUUGAUCACUUUUAUCGAAUUGUUCAGCUAGCAAAUUGGGAGCUCAAGGAUGAUUUGGAUCUAAGAUAUAGGCUGGUGCACCAAGAAAGGCUUGAAAAAGUCAAUAAGCAGGUGAGACUUGUGCAUCUGGAAAGACUGCAGGAAGCUGGAUUGGACGUUUCUGAUGAAGAUAUUUCUGGAGUACUUGAUGACAUGGGCAAUACUGACAUUUCCUGGAAGCUUUAUAAAAGUGACAGCUCAUGUGAUUCCCAAGAAUACAGUGAUGCUGGGGUAGAUAUGACAGCCCCAUCUGACCUGGAUGAACCUCCAAUUCCAGAUUCCCUUGCACCAUCACCUGUAAAUCCUCCUCCUCGCCCCCCCAAACCUCUAGCAAGACACGUCAGUGCCCAACCAGAAAUGCACACAUACAUGAACAUCAGUGGGAGUACACCUUCAGUUUCCUCUAACUCCUCCCCAGCUAAAACCUUCAGUCUCUCAGUUUCCCAAACUUCGUCUCUGAUUUCAUCUUCAGUAUCAAAACCCCCUGUGUUGCCACCAUCACAGCCUGUUCCUUAUUUCACCUUGUAUACAGAUGCAACCACACUCUCCUCACCCACUCCGCCCAUUCCACCUCCCAGAAGGCGGCAUAAAGCCCGUCUAGAAGCUCUAAGGCUUGCUGAGCUUGAGAGACUGAAGACACCUCAGUCUCUUCCUGCUCCAUCUUCCAGACCUCCACCUCUGCCACCUCCACCAGCUUUGCCCUCUCCUCCUGCCAUUCCACCACCUCCAUUACUCCCACCUCCUCCAUCAUUCCAUGCUUUGGAUGUAGAGAUACGGAAGCUGCUGGCACUGGCAGGGAUCACCCAGGCUGAGUUACUAAGGCUUAGCCCUGAGUUGGGUGUCUGUGUUGAUGGGGUCUUGGAAGAAGAACAAACAUCUGAUCCUUUGAACAUCAAAGAUGUUUGUGUUAGUGAGACAAGCAAAGAGAAGCAAGAGGAUGUGAACAAGGGAAAAAAAUUUACCUGUUGGGAGCUGAGAGAGGGCAGUAAGCUUGGGAAAGAGGAAACGUACAUAGAUGAAAAGAAUGAAGAAUGCAAGGACACUUUCAGGACAAUGUCCUUCACAGAGAUGGCCAAGUGGCACAAGCAGAAUGAAGGUAGUAGUAACUCUAGCUGCAAUUGUGGUUUGAGGGAUAAUGCCAGCUUGACAACUGACUCAUAUUACAGCACAUCUAUCAGCAGUAAACAGUUCACUAAUUCUAGCUUUGGCAAUUUUGAUUAUGCCUCAGAGAUUCCUGAUUCCCCUCCUCCCCCUCCCCCUCCACGACCUUUACCUCCACGGCCAAAAAUAUUGCCUAAACCACCUGAACUUCCUCCUGUAAAGCCAUGUGCUCUAUCUGCCAAUUCAUCUCGUCCAGAUAGAUUUGAUUGGCUGAUAGCCUUUACUCCAGACACAGAGACCCCCCCCCUAGAAAUGAGAAAAGCAUCUACUAAUGCCACAUCACAAAACUCCAGCUCUGUUCCAAAAGUCACUACAUUUAAAGAAUUGCGCAACAGAGGUAAACAUGCUUCCCCACCAACUCAAAUCAAACGAGAACCUGAACCAACUGUCAUCACUCCCGAUCCAGAUUUCCUGUAUAACCUUAAGUGGAGGAGAGAGAAGGCUGAUGGGGAUGGCACCCAGUGGGAGUAUACUUCCCAAGCACAGACCACCUUUCUCCAGCCACCACCCACACCUGCCUCAUUGGCUCUAUUUAGGGAAAUACGCCACUUGAAUGUUCAGGCCGAUGCAACUCUGGAUCCUGGCCCCAUGCAACAAAUUAGUGGCUCAGCCAAUAAGACCAAUCAGUAUAACUUGAUUGAUGACAGAAACGGAGAACAUUACAAGACAAAGGAUGAAGGCAUGGGGGAGACAGAGGUCAGAGGAAUGGCAGAUGGAGGACAGACAUUGGAAUCAAGAACAAGACUGUCCUCACCUCCCUUGUCUUUAGCCUUGCCUAGCCCUUUGCCCUCACCGUAUUAUCUACACUCCAGCUCCCCAACCCAAGUACCCCUAUUUUACCGUGCAGACUUUUAUAGGAAUCAGUCAAAAGCGCAGUCUAUUCAGGAACAUCCCAGAAACCCUUUGUGUCAUAUGAAUCCUACUUCUAACUCUGUUACAGACUUCACCGACUCUCUCUUCUGCCCUGACUCAAAAAAACAGGCAGAAUUUUUCUGUCGCCAUGAGAAUCCUUCCAGUUCCAUUGGUUAUAGUAAUUCAGACAGCUUUAUGGAUUCUUUGUAUCAAUACUCUGAUACCAAGAAAAACGAGAGCUGUUACUAUAGAAGGGAGUCUGUUAGCAACUUUGGGUCAUUGUAUGAUAACCAUUUAGAUUCAAACAGUAAUGUAGGUUCACUCUACUUUGGUGAUAAAUACAAGAUGAAAACCAUGACUGACAAGCCAUAUACAAGCACAAACACUGAAGGUAAUACAACCCCAUACAAAAAUAUUGACAUGAUACACUAUGUUAAUGCAGAAAAGCUCAACAAACUGAGUGAUGGUACCAAAGACACCAAGGAAGAUCUGAAUUCCAUGUUCAGCUUUGAGGAGACCAAUGUCCUAGGUUCAGUUGACAAUGCAUUUAGUGACCAGAAAAUAUUGGAGGAAAAAUCCUAUAGCUCGCCCUUCCCUACCCUGUACCUCUACCACCCCAAAAAUUGCCCUCUGCAUAAAGGAGCUCCUCCCCGUUUGUCCCCUGUAGGAGCAAUUUCACCCCCUCAUAGGGCUGGGCCUCUGUCUCCAGGGGCCAGCAUGUCCCGUCUCUGUUCACCCCUAUUCCCUCGCAGUCACACGCUGCCUGCUCUUGCUGCCCCGCUCUAUUACCCCUACCUGUACACCCCCCGAGCUCUGGCUCCUCCCAGGGAGCCACUGGCCCCCAAACUCCAAUCUAAGCAGAACGCAUCACCACUGUCACUAACUGUACGCAGCCUGUCCUUUGCUGGUUCUGCUGCAAAAGCAGGGGCCUGGAUGGGCGACGAUGAGAAGCCCCCACUGAUAGGUGAUGAACUGUCCCCUCUUUGCCUGCAGGAAAAACGAGCUCUCAUUAGUUCAGUCAGUGUGGCAGUGGAGGCCAUUCUGGCUCAGUUCAGCUCCUCUAGGACUCUUGUGCAGAAGAUUCACUCAGUAGAUAAGGCUCUCUCUGGAGACAGCAGUGUAAACCCUGCUCUGGGUCGGCUGGUGUUGCAGUGCCUUUGCCCGGCCCUGCACGGACUUCUCUGUGACGGACUCAAACCCCAUCAGAGUGAUCUCAUCACAGGCAGGAGGCCAAAUUCAACCUGGGGAUUGGUUCAGGCCUCCACCAAACCAGGCCCGAACACCCAGGCUUUGUACAGCUUACAGGCUAAAAUAGCUGCACUUCCACAGCUCAAGCAAAGCCGGCACAGGUUUAAUGCCUUCCUGCUCGGCCUUCUCAAUAUCAAGCGCCUAGAUUACUGGCUUUCCCACUUACAGACGUGCCAUGAUGUCCUGGAAACAUAUUACUGGCCAACAUCCUUCAUGCGCCUUUCAGGCUCUCUUUGCCAAUCUUUCUUCGAAGAGCUUCUCCUCAUGCUGCAGCCACUCUCCCUCCUGACCUUCAACCUCGACCUGCUGUUCCAGCACCACCACUUCGACCCGUUGUCCCCUGCACUCAGCCCCCCCAGCCGUAGCCCACAAUCAUCCAGUCCAGACCAGCCACAGAGCAAUGGGCAACAUCUGAAGAAGGUUUCAAAGCAAGGCUUCACUGAUCCCAAAGCAGCCAGCCACAAUUCAAGUCCCACAAGCACAUUCAAGGCAAUAUCAGGGAUCGGUAAAGGAGAGACAAGUCCACAGCUGCAAUGGCUGCAGGAGAAGGAGAUAAUAGCCCCCCCUAGUAUUUGGAGUGGGAAUAGCUUCAGCCAGCAGGCAGGUCAGGCUCUUCAGCAAGGCUGGGGGGCUGUGAUACGUUUGGGUGAGCGUUUAGGGCAGAACUGGAGUGGUUUGACUUCCACUGGUUUGUCAGAGGAAGCCAAAGCUCACACCAUAACGGAUCUGAAUACACACUCCAAUUCUAAUUGUCCAAAGAACCCAAGCCAGGAGCUUCUGACUGCUGAGGGUGGAACAGCUUCUUGGGGUUUAGGCAGACUAUUUGGAGCAUCCAAAAGCCCCAACGACCCACCAAGAAAACGGCGUCCUUCUCACUGGCUAAAUCCUGGGAUAACAGUUCUGUCCCGCAUAUCAAACACAGGCCAUGCCUUUUUGCCUGAGAAGAUUGAGCCUGGAAGAAACGAGGAGAGGGAGAAGGGCAAAAAUGACAAGAGUAAAGAAACUGGUGUCCAGUCAAAACCUGUGAGGGCGGUCAGAACUCUGUGCGAUCACAUGGGUACAGGAGCAGAGCUGAGCUUCAGAAAGGGGGAGGAGCUCUUACUACUUGGAGGCGUGGACCAAGACUGGAUUCGCUGUCGCCAAGGUGACAAGGAGGGCCUUGUUCCUAUUGGUUAUGCAUCACUCAUCAUGUGACUCCUACUUGGAUGAUCAUGUGAGUUGAAGUGACAUGAAUACGUACCAUGGAUUAUUCUGUUAAAAAGAGAAGGGUGUAUACAUUGAUAUUUAGUUCAUAACUUAACUCCUAAAUAGUUAUUAGGGGUUGUGCAGAAAUGCUCAGCUCUGUUGCCUGGUGUGUGAUUUUUCGUGUUUUUCUCUAGCAUUCAUCUAAACAUAUGAUAUUGUAUAAAUGAUACAUUUACAUAAAUAUACAUAUAUAAAUAAAGAAUAUCAGAUUAAUUGAAUUAAAAUAAUGAAUUUGAUCAUGAUAGAUAGGCAGAUAGACAUGAACAGAUUAGUCAUUGUGUAGUCCAUGUCCAUGAUGAAUAGAAUUCAUUAUCUUGCGUUAUGAAAUAUCCCAUCCGUAAUAUACGGCUUAUUCCAAAUAUCAAGCUUGCUAAUGGAUCAUAAAAGAAAGCAUAUAUAUCUAUUUCUGUGGUACCUAAAAUUAUAGCUGCUUUUGGGUUUCGGGUGUAUAUCAGUAAAGGAGCUCCUUGCACGCUAUUUGAUUAUUUGUUUUCGUGUUACUGUUACUCAUAUAGAUUACAACCCUUCAGGCAAUUCAUUAUUGACUCAAUGACCAGGAAAAAGUGCUUACUGUAUGAAUUUUCAGACAUGGAUUAAGUCUAGACCAAGAUUGAUUUCUAGUCAGUAAUCCCAGUAAGAUAGCUUUACGCUAGAUUUUAAUCUGUGCCUGGAAACCCGCUGUAUUUAUUCAGAUUUUUACAAUGACGUGUUAUGACCCUGUCACUAUUUAAAAGCCUGACAGUGUAAAACUACUACGAUUGAUGUUCUUGCUCUCACUAGUGGCAGUCGAGUACUUUUAGUGUGGUAGUGCACUGAUCAUUUUUCGUUAUUUAUUUCCUACAGUGUGCAGACUAGUGUGAUUUAGAAGAUUAUUACUGACUAUGCAUAUACCGUACUGUACUAUUCACAAGACUCAUCACUGGAGUAAGCAUAUAUGGUUGAUGGCAUUACUCUUUUUUGAAAAAAAAAAAAAAAAAAAAAAAAAAAGGUAAUCCGUGUGUGAAUGCCUUGAAUGGAGUUGCAUGAACAUAUAUCGAAGUAAAUAACGUAUUUAUCAGUCUCAGAAGCAAGAUGGCUUUAUUGUGUGCUGACGGUAGUAUAUUUGACAAACUAAAGAGUGCUGCAUUUGAAUAUGAACUAAAGUACUUACCUGUAAGUAAAGAUAAAGGUCGCAGGCAAGCGUUUCAGAUGAGCUGAGCACAGCAAGCAUGUUAGAGAGGGGAGUAUAGGGAACCCAGUGAAAAUCAGUUGCUUCCACACUGGCUGAUGCAUUGAGUGCUGAUUGAUGGCGUUCCUUGCCAUCUGUGCCUGCACUGACGUGCCAGUUUGCAUAGAUUGCAGCUUCAUCUCUUUAACCCACACCAACAAAUGCUCACUAUCACUGUGCCAGCUUACAGCAGCAAAGCCAUGGGCUACACACAUCCCCCACCUCAUAGAAAAACAGAGUAUUUACAGUACCGCCAGACACCUGCGUGAAUGUGUAACGUAAAUGUGCUCCACCUUUGCCAAGCCUCCAUUAUAUAAGCAUUUCAGCAGACCAGCUCUUGUCUAUUGUUUUAUUUCAGGAAAAAAUAAUUUUGCAUUUCUUUUGGUUACGUUUAAAGACUUAGGGUUAAAUAUGUGGUAUUAUAGGUUAAGCUAUAUAGAAAAACAACUUUAGAUGUGAGUAUUUUUGAUGUUGUGUUGUUAGUUAUGACAAAUUCAAGGCUAAAUCUUGUUUAUUGAAAUCUUUUUCUUUUCUUUUCUUUAUUUUUACCUCAAAGGCAACAUUUCAGUGAUGUAUGGAACUUUUCAGGAAUUUUUAAAAAAACUUUUAAAUUAUUAUUUUAGUAUAUUUAACAUUGUGAGGUAAAGCAUUGUUUAGUGGGAAAAUAGAUGUACUGGAUAGUACUGUGGGAUUGUUUUUGUUCUUGGAUGAUUUGGCUGAUGUAUUCUUUAUUGUCUAUCUCUCUAUCUAUCUGCUGUGGUCUGUAAGUGCGUGUAUGCGUGUGUAUGCAUUAGUGUGGCAGUGGGUUGUGUAGCUGUGUGUGAUUAUAGCCCGCCGCUGGUAGCACACUUCAAAUACAUAGUAGCCUGUUCGAAUACCAUCAUUCAGUAGUCAACCAACUGCUUGCAUGUGGGUGUUUUGUAAAUAUACCCAAAUAAACUAUUAAAAUCAA